GUGGCUUGCCCCGACGGGGACGGCGACUGGCCCGCCGCCGCUCGCUGCGCCGUCGUGGGCCCCUCCGCGCCCGGCGCGGCGCUGGCCGCGGGCGCGGGCGCGCCCGGCGCGGGCCUCGUGCUCGCGAUCCUGCACGCCGACGAGCUGCCCCUCGGCGCCGGGCUCCGCGGGCUCCUCGGGGCCCUGCCGCGCCCCUCGCAGGUGGUCCUGGCCUCGGCGGCCUGGGGCCCGGCGGCGCGGGAGCUCGCCGGCGAGGUCCUCUGCGACGCGCUCUUCGUCCGCCUCGGCGCGCGCCCCGGGGCGCCCGCGGCGCGCGGCGCGGGGGGCGGCGCUGCGCUGCCUGCCGGGCGCGCCGCCGUCCCGGCCCCCGGCUGCCAGGGCGGCGAGGGGGCCUUCCCACCGCCGUCAUCACCGGGUGCUGCAGCGCAGCUCGCGCUCGCGGGAGGCGGGCCGCUGCCGCGCGCCCAGGGGGCCUCGGAGGGCAGGCCGCGGGGCAUGCCCGUGUUCGACGAGGCCCAGCGGCGCUGGGUCUUCGAGGUGCGCGAGGCGGGGGGGGGCAGGGGCCGUUUCCAGACGACCGUGCGCGCCGCGGGCGGCUGCGCGGAGCGGGCUGGCCAGGUGGCCGACCUGUGCUGGCAGGGGUACCAGCAGGGCAUGUCGAGGGCGGAGCUCCUGGCGCUCCGGGCCUCGCUGUACGAGGAUCGGUCCUCAGCGGG